GGGUGGAGUUAAAAGUGGUUGUCACUUGGCUUUUUGAAAAAUGUUUUCUGCAUGAGCGUCGGGCACUGCACUGCACAUUUACCGUAGACUGCGCUGGUAACGAGCCUUGACGGGACAUAGCAUGAACCACCCGCACUGAAACAAUCUAAUUCAGGGGUCCUUUUGCGGCCAGAGUUCUGAGAUGACAUUCAAGUAACAAUGCCAGUGUCCCGCCUGCUCUAGACUGACAUCAGCAUGGCUACAGCGAAGAAGGGCUCGGCGUCGAAGGCGGGAGGGGUGCGCUUCUCCGAAGAGACGGCCAGUGCCCACUCCCAUGUCCAUUUUGACGAGAAGCUACACGACUCCGUUGUCAUGGUGAUCCCAGAAAAGGACGGGAACUUCCUGGUCAAGGUGGGCUUCCUAAAGAUCCAGCACAAAUACGAGAUCAUCUUCACACUCCCCGAAGUGCCCGCCCUGGGCAAGGACGUGUGCCCCGCCCCCGUGCCCAACCCCCACCUCCGAGUCACCGAUGUCAAGGUGGCGCCUGAGGGUGGUUUGAGAGUCACCUGCGAGUACAUGGCCCACCAGGAGGGGGUGCUGCAGGAGGAGAUGACGCUGGUGAGCGAGAGCAAAGAGGACGCCUGCGUGCGAGUGCGGGUGCACGCCCGAGUCAUGGAUCGGCACCACGGGACACCCAUGCUGCUGGAGGGGGUGCGGUGUGUGGGGGCGGAGCUGGAGUACGACUCAGAGCACAGCGACUGGCAGGGGUUUGACUAGCCCCGCCGCUCCCCAGAAUUCACAGCGCGCGGAGUAGCCCCCUCCCACACACACACACACACACGCAUGUACAUCCCGCAUUACACUCAAACUUCCACAGACACCUCGCUUACACACCAGUACUUCACAAAUGCUGUAGUGCUUGUACACGUAAUCAGAAGAGGGGAAUUUCUGUAAUUAUUAUUUUGCCUACAAUGCUGAGAAGGAAGUGAUUGGGGAAUUUUUUUUAUAGCCUUUUCUUCUAGUUAUCUUUUGGAAGUGAAUGCAUUAUAAUGAAUCUAAAAUACCUAUAUUGUAGUUUGAUAUUUUUUUAAAUUGUGGUUGCGUUUUCACAUGAGCUUUCACCUUGAACUUUGUAUGGGUUUAGCUCUCUUAUGUCCAUUAAUUCGCCAGUUUCUCAGUUUUCGUCGACCACUAGGUGGCGGCCAAGCUCAAUCAGUAAAGUGUGGGAGUCUUGCAUAUAUGCCUCGUAGUACUGGCCUGCUGUUUCCUUAGCUGCCAGCAGGGGGAGAGUGGAAAAACAAUCAGUGCUAGUAGUAGAUGGGCAGAUCACUGCCCUCUCAUCCUUUUUUUUUUUUUACAUUGUCUGCCCAUCUUUCUUCGCCCAUGGUGUCUCGGUCCGUCAGAAAUACUGUUAGACAUGGUGGUUCAGACAAAAACACGAAAUGAUGUGUGUGUCGAUUUGUUUUUGCCGUCGCAUGUGGUGCAUAACCUCGGCUUGUCGCCUGAGAAAUGUGCUUUGCAAAAGUGCCUGUUCCUUCCACCAGAGUUCUCCACCUGUAGUCCCCCUGCACCGUGCCCUGGCCCAGGUGUGGGCGUGAUCCUCUGUCUACACCCAACAGCAAUGGGCUUAUUUUUGUUCAUUAUUAUUGUUUACUAUAAGCUUGACAAAGCAAGCUUUUACGCCUCUGUCCCGUCGAGUCUCAUUGAGAGCUCAGCUUGUCAGGCGGAGUAGUUUAGCGUGGAGAUUUCAAGGACAGCCUCGUAGUGCCCGUGUCCGUGCACCCAUGUCAAAUGCACUUUUGUAAGUCGCUUUGGCUAAAAGCAUCUGCCAAAUUACUGCAUCGUAAAUUGUUUCCACUGGCAAAAAAAAAAAAAAAAAACACCACUUUAAACACAGCAAAUUUCACCCUCUCUUCCAACAAGCGCCGAUCUGUAACUCUGUGAUACAAUUUUGACUUUCGGGAGUGCUGUGCUUUUAAAAACUGGGGGUAAUCCGGUGCCGAAAGAUUUAUAGAAAUGGCAGAAAAGUAAGAAAAAAUUGACAGCUGGCAGUACUAAUGAUGUAACUGCUGCUUUACUACUGCCAAAUAAAUGUAAUGUUCUAUUUUCGAAAUCAAAAUUUAAGCGCUAUUAAAUCACAUUGUUGGCAGAGUGAGACUCUCCUGCCAGUAAAGGGGUCAGAAGUUAGCAAAGUACUUUUUCUUUUCUUUUCUUUUUUUAACAAGUUGUUUAUGCACUUGUCUGAAUACGGACAGCGUGCUAAAGUCUGCACUGGAAGAGCCAUGACCCCCAGGUGAGCAUCCGGGGAGGGGGUGGGGGGGGGACCACACGCAUGCCCCCCAGAGACCACGCCCGGGACACUCCGGAAACCGCCGGAAACCGCCGCUCUACGGCCAGCGCACUUACCGCUUCCUCUCCAUCUGCAAGCACCGAAUGUUUCCUGGCCUUAAAACGGAGGAGGAACGUCCCUUUUUCUUAAGGGGUGUAAACGUUUAGUUUUCGCUGAGUUUGUAUGUUUACGUGCCGCCGACGCGCUGCCAUUUCUGUUUCUGCUGAGCCUUCCCCGUGGACGAUUGAAAGGGGGAUCGGAUUACUUCGAUCAAUGUGAUGGAGGGGGGGGGAGACUGACUGUGACCUGCUAUAGCUGCCGGCGCCCGGUAGACGUGUACUGUGAAACGGUGCUCUCUUCACCGGGCAGUGCUGUCGGUGGAGACGAGCACCAUAAAGCCUCGUGCAAUCGUGUCCCUCCGUCUGAAAAUCUGGUGCAGGCGCUGCAUUCUGUCUGUCGGACGCUGUCACACUCCUGUUUCCAUCGCCAGCUUUUUAAAAAUAAAAAUGUUCAAAAAAUA